AUGUUGGCGCUUAUAUUCGGAUCCGUGGUUUACACGGCAAUAUUUGGCGGCGUUAGUGACAACGGGAGGAUUCCGUUGCUCCGGUUAGGGAACAUCCCAACGGUUUCGGGAAUUUAUCUGUUCGGCUUCGGUGGACACAUCGUAUUUCCUAAUAUCUAUACUUCCAUGAAAGAUCCUCCAAAUUCACAAAGAUUGCAUGUGAAUAUUGAAUACGUAGGUAUCGAUCGUGAGCUUUGCUACGGUGACGGCAUUGUACACGGCACUAGCCAUCACAGGAGCGAUGAUGUUCGGACCAAGCGUAAAUCCCCAAAUUACCCUCAGUCUUCCAAAACAUUCACUCGUAAGCAAGAUCGCUCUCUGGGCCACACUGUACUAACCCCAAUGACCAAAUACGCAUUAGAGUUCGCUCCUUUAGCCAUCCAGCUCGAACGCAGCCUUCCUUUGAACAUGACCGAUCGCACCAAGCUCGUGGCUCGUGGUCUUGUUGGCUCCGCUAUUCUACUAGUCAUUCUCGCGUUGGCUUUGACCGUGCCUUUUUUCGGCUAUGUCUUGAGCCUCACGGGAUCGUUGGUUAGUGUCACGAUCGCUGUCAUAUUACUGUCUGCUUUCUACUUGAAGAUUUGCUGGGACGGGAUGUCGAAGCUCAAGAGAGUCGCGAAUCUCGGGUUUAUUGUUUUCAGUUGCGUUCUUGGAGUUUUGGGAUCGUUUGAUUCCUCCAAGUCACUUGUCAAAGAGCUUGUUCGCGUUCAUGGCGGUUAA